AUGAUGGCAAUGUCCGAUGCUGCUGCUGCUGCCCCCCCCCUUUGGCCCCUGCCCACCGCCGCCCAGCCGCUUGCUGCAGCAGCAGACAGACCAAGAGGCAUCCACGCAUUUAAGCAGCAGCAGCAGCAGCAGCAGCAGCAGCAGCAGCAGCAGCAGUACGCCUACCGCGCUGCGGACCCGCCGCGUCAAGAGCAGCAGCAGCUGCUCCGCCUGCAGCAGCAGCAGCAGCAGCAGCAGCAGCAGCUGCUGCAGCACCCCAGCAUCAAGGCAAUGCAGGAGCUGCUGCGCCAUGCAGCAGCAGCAGCAACAGACCCUCCUUCCACUGCUGCUCCUCGACAGGGGCCCCCCUGGGGCCCCCAGCUGGCCCCCGUAGGGGGCCCCCUUGGAGGCCCACUUGUACCCUUUGGAGGGGGGCCUCGAGGAGGGCGUGGGGGUGCUGCGGGCGGUGGGGGACAUCGCAGCAGCAGCAGCCGCAGCAGCAGCAGCAGCAGCAGCAGCAGCAGCAGCAGUUUGCUGCCUUUGAUAAUAGAAACUUCGAGUGAAGGCAGCAGCGAGUCGGAAGCAGAAGAGGACUGGGCGGAGUUGACUUUGGAGGGAUCGGAAGAUGGGGAUCGGGAUCGUGUUCGAUCCCAGCCCCCCUUUGCAGCCCAGCAGCAGCAGCAGCAGCAGCAGCAGCAGCUGCAGCAGCAGCUGCAGCAGCAGCAGCAGCAGGAAAUGCUUGCUGCUGCGGGCGCCUUCUUUCCCGCCGCAAGGGAUAGACAAGGGCGCGAGAGAACCGCGGAGGAGGUGAUGAGGGGCUUUUUGCAGGAGGACCAGUCUGCUGCUUCUGGCCUCUGGAAAGGCACUCAGCAGCAACGAGUUUUAGCAGCAGCAGCAGAGCGGCAGCAGCAGCAGCAGCAGCAGCAGCAGCAGCAGCAGCAGCAAAGAAGCUUCUCGUUUAUGCGGGACCUAGCGACGGCGUUUAGUUCGCGUCUGCUUGGGGUGGUUGGCGGCAGCCGCGACAGAGACAAAGAUGCUGCUGCUGCUGCUGCUGCUGCUGCUGCUGCAGCAGCAGCAGCAGCAGCAGCAAGGCAGAAGGAGCAGCAAGCAGCUGUGCAGACACCGGGAAUUGUUGCGCUGCAGAUGGAGCUGCUGCACCUCUCGCGGGAGGCCCGGAGGCAGAAAAGGAGAAGUGCAGCAAACACAAAAGCAGCAGCAGCAGCAGCAGCAGCAGCAGCAGCUACAUCAGCAGCAGCGCCGGCGCCUUCCAACAGCAACACGAGCGACAGCAGCAGCACGAGCGGCACGCCCAGAACCGGCAGCAGCAGCAACAGCAGCAGAUGCAGCAGCAGCUGCAGCAGCUGCAGCAGCAGCAGCAGCAGCAGAAGCCACCCCUUAGCGGGGCGGUCGCUGCGGCAGCGGCUGGCCUUGUGCAGCAGCAGCAGCAGCAGCUUGAGGUGUACAGACACCGCAGCAGCGCCGCCCAUUCGCCGCAGCGCCUCAGCCCCCACUUUUGCUGCUGCUGCUGCUGCAGUUAAAUUCCUCCUUGACAAGAGGAGGCUGCUGCUGCUGCGGAGAAGCGGCAGCAGCAGCAGGCUGGCAGCAGCAAGCAGCAGCAGCAGCGGCAGCAGCAGCAUGCUGGCAGCAGCAAGCAGCAGCAGCAGCUCUGCCGCGCAAACAAAGGACGCAGCGCCUGCGGGCCCCACAGCAGCUCAAGCUGAAGGAGCAGCAGCAGCUGCUGCUGCUGCUGCAACCGGAGCAGCAGCAGCAGCAGCAAGAACUGCGUCCUUGCGUGCUGAUGCUCCUGCAGCUGCUGCAGCAGCAGCAGCUGCUGCUGCUGCUGCAGCUGCUGCAGACCAUGGACCGUCUUGCGUGCAGAGUAGAGACGCAUGUGACCCUGACACAGCAGCAGCAGCAGCAGCAGCAGCAGCAGCAGCAGCAGCAGCAGAACGGGAAGAGCGAGCCCGGGAUGCUGCUGCUGUGCUGCAGCAGGAAAAAGAAAGGCAGGAUCUGCAGCAAAAUGUAUUGUGGUGGUUUGCAAAUGACAUACUCAUGCCUUACGACUGA